UUAUAUAUCAACCCAUUUGGUCACAAAAGAUAAAUUACUCAUUAGACUUUUCUAGUAUCCAUUCCCAUUUCCCACAUCAGACAACAUUUUCUCCCUCAGAGGGAAAGCAUCUCCUCUUCUUGAUUCACAUUUUGAACUCUAAACUUGUCAACCCAUCUCUACCGAAGCUGUAUCCUAGUUAUUAAAAAUGACGAAGAUAGGAGGUAUUCUCGUUUGUUUAGUCAUAGUGGGCUUAGAUAUAGCUGCUGCAAUCCUUGGCAUCCAAGCAGAAGUCGCUCAAAACCAGGUGAAGCACAUGAGGCUGUGGCUGUUUGAGUGCAGAGAGCCAAGCCAGGAUGCGUACAGGCUAGGUUUAGGCGCAGCCGCGGUACUGGUAAUGGCUCAUGUCCUGAUCAAUUUGAUUGGAGGCUGUCUCUGUAUUUGCUCUCAAGACGAGUUUCAGAGAUCUUCUUCCACUAAGCAAAUCUCCAUGGCUUGUCUCGUCCUCACUUGGAUCGUAUUCGCCGUUGGAUUUGGAGCUUUAGUGAUUGGGACGAUGUCCAACAACAAGUCAAGAUCCUCUUGUGGAUUCACACACCACCAUUUUCUCUCUAUUGGAGGGAUCUUGUGUUUUCUACAUGCCCUCUUUUGUGUCGCUUAUUACGUUUCUGCCACUGCGGCUAAAGACGAAGCUGCUAAGUGAUGGAUGAACAGAGGUGGGGUCCUUGUACUUGACUAUAAAUUCCAAUGGGUUGUGUAACAUUUUCAUAUCUAUUAACAAUUUGAAUCUUUUUCCCUUUUUAAUAUUUUUUCACUUAUUUCGAAGUCUCUUUUGUAAUUUGGAAAGUCGUGUCAUUUUGAAAAAAUAUGAAAGCUUUGCCCUUUA